AUGUUCAAUAACAUCAAAUGCUCAGGAUUUGCAUGGCCAAUUACAUCAUCUUCAUCAAUUAAACAAGAAGAGGAAACAACAUUUGAAAAAUUAAAACUCGAAGAAGAGUUUGAUAAUGAGGGAAGAAGAAUAUUACAUGUUCCGACACUAAAUACAACAACCAAUUUUAAUUCCACUAUUCAUCAUGGUGAUGGUGAUGAUAACGAACAUCAAUUUGAUGAAUCAUCUACAACAUCAUACAACGAUAAUAUAUUGGUAGGAUCAUGUUCGGAAAGUGUUGUUUCUAAUUCUACAGCAACUAGUACACUACUCUCCAAUGCAAGAGAAUAUCAAAAGGAAUUGGUAGAACAUUGUAAAGAUGAAAAUACAAUCAUUGUUGCUCCGACAGGUGCUGGUAAAACAUUUAUUGCUGCACUUUUAAUUCAUCACAUGUUGAAUUUAAAUCCAUUCAAGAAGGUUUUGUUUAUUGUGAAUCAAAUUUCACUUGUUGAACAGCAGGCGAGGGCAUUGAGAGAGUUUGGAAUUGAAAAAGUUGGAGCUUUUCAUGGAGAAAAGAAAUCAAUCAAGAAUUGGAAAUUAGAAACAAAGGAUUUUACUGUACUUGUCUGUACAAUCCAAAUCAUUUUGAAUGUUUUACAAUAUUCUGACAUUUUUGAUGAUUUGCAAUUGUUAAUAUUUGAUGAAUGCCAUCAUACUCAUUCAAAUCAUCCAUUUAAAGUAUUAAUGAGAGAUUAUUAUAAACCAAGAAAGCAUGCAGGUCUAUUAAUACCUAGAAUACUUGGUUUGAGUGCUACACCAGCUGCCAAAAACACCAUUGCAGAGACAUUAUUAAAGAUACUCCAACUGGGACAUGAUUUGGAUUGUACAGUGAGACAAGUUGAGAAUAAUGAAGAAGAGCUUGGUACAUUUGUAUUCACACCUUCAAUGAAAUCUAUUUCAGUAGAUAUGGAUCCAUUCUCUUUGAGAUUGAGAGAUUUCAUUUUCAAUGCUAUUAGAGGAGUUAAAAUUAAAUUAUUGGAAAAUUUUUCAUCAGAUGCUGAUGUAGAUAUGGAUGAUUCCAAAUUUGGAACAGAUGAAGCUGAUGAAUGGCUUGAUUUGAAAAUGAAUCACGUUACAGGAACUUAUGACAAGGAAGAUGAUAAUAGAAAUUUGGAUGAUUUUAUUAGAUAUUCAAAAUCUAACAAGCAGAAUUCAAAUUUGAUUUUAACAUGCUCUCUACCAAUUCAUUGUGCAAAGAGAUUCGCGUUGGCUAAGUUAUUGAAACAAUACAAAGAAACUGGAAAAGAAUUACGAGCUUUAAUAUUUGUAAAAACUAGAAUUGGUUGUAAGGAGACUUUAGAAUUUUUACAAUCAGAACCAGACCUAAAAGAUUAUUUAAAAGUUGAUAUUCUACUUGGAAAGAGUGGAAUGACAUCAAAUCAACAAAAUACUAUUCUAGAUAAUUUCAGACAGGGAAUUGUAAAUACUCUUAUUUCAACAAGUGUAGCAGAAGAAGGUUUAGAUGUUCCUGCUUGUUCACUUGUUAUUAGAUUGGAUGGAAUUGAAACAACAAAAACAAUGAUUCAAUCAAGAGGAAGAGCUAGAUCAGCAAAUUCCGAAUUUUAUUGCAUUCAUCAUUCUAAUUCUGUGGAAGCAAGCUCUUCAUAUGGAAAAUAUCAAACUCAAGAACAGAAAAUGAUAAUUUCUAUUGGACUUCUUACCAAAUCUGAAAAGAUACAUCCUGAUGUUUAUUAUAGAAAAUUACAUUUACAAAAUAUUGGGCUAAAACAGAUGGUAAUUAGUCAUAUUUUCGAAUACAUAUGGAAUAGCGAACCAAUUUACAAAGUUGAGGAAACUAUAUUGAAACUGUUCGAAUUUACAGAAAACACUAAUACUCAAUCUACUGUCUUAACGUUGACAUGUGAAAAAUUAUUUGGUGUAAAACCAAUAUUUCAGGUAGUCAAGGUUGGACAUCUAUUCUUUGUUCGUAUUCUAAUCAAACUGAACAAUUAUGAUCGUUCAAUGGUAGAAUUUGGUUUGCAAGCAGCCAGUUACUUUGUUUUGACCUCAUCUUCAAUGUUCAAAUCAAAACAAGAUGCCAAGAAUGCAGCAUCACUAGAAGUGCUGAGGAAAUUUCUUGAUAGAGAUUUAGCAAUCUUCCCUACAAGUUCUUGGACCGAAAUUUAUAAGGAACGAUACAAACAUACAAUUAUUGUGGAUGAGAAAAUCAAUCAAACUCUUGAAAAAGAGAUCAAUACAAAUAUCACUACUAGAGAACUUCAAAGCAAAUACAAAGGCAGCACUAUAAGAAUAACUGAUAAGGAUGUAUUUAUGUCAACAAUCUCAAAUAAUGCAAUAAUGAACGCCUUAUUACACCAUUGUAAUAUAAAUUAUAGGACUCACCCAACUUUUUCAGAGCAAGUGGUACCAAAGUUAGGAUAUGUUACAUCAUGCACUGUUGAACCAAUUGGUACUGUGCAAGGAGAUCCACACAAAGGGAAGAAAGAAUCAAAACGGAAGGCAGUAGUUAAAAUGUGUGAAACCAUCUUUCAAACAUGUGGUUAUUUUGAUGCACCAAAAAAGAUGGUCAAAUAAUUUACCCUAUUAAAAUUCUAAGAAUAAAUCAUCUGUAUCAUCC